GAAGCAUCUCUAUGGAGCCGAUCAUUCGCGCCGCGUAGAUCGUACGUUUUCAAGUCGACUUUCGACCAGCUCUACGUACUGAGCACAAACAGAAAAGACAAGAAACAACAACUAUCAUGAAGUCGAUGUCGCUUUCCAUCAUUUUGGCCGUUUGUGCGGUAACGAGUUUCACCGAAGCCGGAAAGUACAAGGGACUCGAAUUCCUCGAGCCAUGUAGAAAAAAUUCACCCGGAUUAGAGGACUGUUUGAGAAGAUCUGCCAAUGCCUUGGCGACUAAUUUCCAACGAGGAAUGCCAGAACUGGGCUACACCGAAGUCGAGCCCAUCAUCCUGGACGAGCUUUACAUCCAACUGGGCGAUGGCCCCAACGGUUACAAGGCAAAUUUCAAGGACAUCGAGGCACGAGGCGUUUCGGCCGUCCAGGUGACGGCUCUGCGCUCUCGUAUCGACGACGAAGAGGUCCAAAUACAAAUGACCCUCGAUAUACCAACUAUCCGCGCUAUCGCCAAGUACCGAUCGAGUGGACAGCUGCUGCUCGUUAAAGCCAGCGGCGGCGGUGACUACUGGGGACAAUACGAUGGAGUCAAGGCCAAAGUUUUUAUCAGAGCCAAACCUUACGUUACUCAAGGACAGAAAUUCUUGAGACUUCAACAGCUCAAACUCGAUUUCACCGUGCGCAACAUCAAAAUGGGCGUGGAAAAUGUUAAGGAUAGCAAUACUAUUCUUCAAGCGGCACUGAAUCUCUUUAUCAACACCAACAGUCAAGAGCUUUUGAAAGAAAUGAAACCGGAUCUUCGAAGGAAACUCGUCCAACAAAUGUCGAGCUUCGUCGAAAAAAUAUUUGCUCAAGUGCCCUACGACGCUUUUAUCGUGGAUUAAGCUUCUUAGGCCAUCGGUACUUGACGUACUUAAUAUAUAAUUAUUCAUAAUUGUAAACGUAUUGUGAUAUUUUAUAAAAGUUGGAAUCAUCGCGCUGACAAAUAAGAUGUGCGGUUCGACGACUUUAAAAUUAUUUAUAUUUAUCUGAUAAAUAUCAGAGUUAUAAAUAAACUAGGUAACUCGUUUGAAAGUGCUCAAACUCAAUAAAGGUCUGAUAAUUUUUUCAACGAUUAUCAAACCGUCGAAUUGUAGGAUUAAUGUUUUAUAGGUUUUAUUGGUAUUUAACCAGACUGCUUUUUAGUGCGUAAGAGAACUACUUGUUUUUAAUAAAAAAUAAAAUAAAAGAGA